AUGCCAGCAAAAAGAAUUGCAGUGAUUGGAGCCGGGGUCAGUGGACUAGCUGCCAUUAAGAUCUGUCUGGAGGAAGGCCUGGAACCCACUUGCUUUGAAGGAAGUCAUGAUAUUGGAGGACUCUGGAGAUAUGAAGAAAACUGUGCACCUGGAAAGUCCUACAGUGUCUACAAGUCAGCAACCUGCAACACUUCUAAGGAGAUGACAGCUUUUAGUGAUUAUCCUUUUCCUGAUCAUUACCCCAAUUACUUGCAUAAUUCUAAACUGAUGAAGUAUCUCCGGAUGUAUGUCAAGCACUUUGAUCUUCUGAAGUAUAUCCAUUUCUUGUCAAAGGUGUGUAGUGUGAAGAAGUCCUCUGAUUUCUCUUCCACUGGACAGUGGGAUGUUGUGGUAGAGGCUGAUGGAACGCAAGAAUUCUAUGUCUUUGAUGCAGUCAUGGUUUGCAGUGGAUAUUACACUGAUCCCUGUUUUCCAUUAGAGAACUUUCCAGGUAUCACAAGUUUCAAAGGCGUUUAUUUUCAUAGUUGGGAGUAUAGAAGUCCGGAGACAUUUUUAGGAAAGAAAAUCCUUGUGGUUGGCAUUGGAAAUUCUGGAGCAGAUGUGGCAAGCGAGCUCAGUCAUGUGGCUAAACAGGUUUUCCUUAGUACAAGGAGAGGUGCCUGGGUAUGGAACCGUGUUUGGGAUAAUGGAAAUCCAAUGGACACUGUACUCUUCACUCGUUUUAAUAGUGUCAUCAAUCGAAUACUAACAACCUCCAUGAUCAACAAGUGGGCAGAGAAUAAAUUGAACUCAAGGUUUAACCAUGAUGUUUAUGGUCUACAGCCUAACCAUAGGUUUCUGAGUCACCAAGCUACCUUAAGUGAUGAUCUUCCCCACCACAUCAUUUCUGGAAGGUUACGAGUAAAACCAAAUGUGAAGGAAUUCACUGAAACUGCUGCCAUCUUUGAGGAUGGUACUCAAGCACAGGUUGAUGUUGUUAUCUUUGCCACUGGAUAUACUUUCAAUUUCCCUUUCUUAGAAGGCAAUUCAGAAGUUCUUGAUAGCCAGUGUUCCAUGUUUAAAUUUGUAUUUCCUCCUCAACUUGAGAAACCAACAAUAGCUUUCAUUGGCAUCCUCCAACCCAUGGGAGCUACUAUUCCUGUAUCAGAACUCCAGAGUCGAUGGGCUACACGAAUAUUCAAGGGACUGAACAAAUUACCUCCAGUGAGUGAUAUGAUGGCUACAGUCAAACAGAUGAAAGACAAAAUAGGAAAAAAGUAAGAAAUGUGACUGUUGGUGAAGGUUAACUUAACUUGUUUAGAUUGAACUAUUAGCCCAUUAGGUAUCAUUUAUAUUUUUUCUCAGCAUGGAAUCUUGGUCUAGAUAACAAUGCCUUGCUCUUCAUUGGUCCCUAAUAUAUGUUUAGCUAAUUGAAUUGAAUUGAUUUUGACCUACCUUCAGCAUCAUCAGCAGUC